AUGGCUGAGGGGAAGGGCUCGGGGCCAGCUAGACAACUCAACCUUUCGUCUACAUCCGUUGUCGAAGAUGAGUACGAUUUUCCGAUGGAUUUUGGCGAGAUCUGGCAGUGUGUUGAAGAGCGUGUAAGACUGCCUGGGUUGGCCAUGAGCGGAACGGAUAACUUUCGUCCCGCUAGCCCCAGUUUUCCACCAUCGCUACCCAGGUGUGUUUCUUCCACACCAGUCAGCCUGGGAACGCCCACACCACGCGCAAGAUGCGCCCGCUCCUGCAUGAUCACAACCUAUCGUUGUCAAAGCCUACGACUUACGUGUGUAGCGCAUGAAACGUGA